CUCUCUCUCUCUCUAUCCUAUUGUUGUAGCAACUAGCAAAGUCCAACAAUGGAGCUGUGUCUCAGUAGCACUACAACUACAAGGGUCCUCAACUUGAACCCAUCUCGACCCUCUCACAAUUCUCUCAGAAACCCACUUCUCCAUUUCAACCAUACUCACAGACCCUUCACUUUUCUCAAGCUUGCCUCUCCUUCCCGCCAAUUCCACCUCCUUCAACUUCAAUCACCUCCAAACCCCUCUCGCUUCACCGCUUCAGCUUCUUCUUCAGUCGCUACUGGCAAUGAAAAAGAUCAGCUUCCAGCAGAUAUUGAGGUCAAGGAGACCCAAGAACCCAAUUGCAGCGUUAGGUUGAGUGUACAGGUUCCACCAGCUGUAUGCGAUGACUGCUACAGUAGGGUCUUAAAUGAGUUCAUGAAGCAAGCCAAGGUCCCUGGAUUUCGCCCGGGAAAGGAAGUUCCCGAGAGUAUUCUUAUAAGUUAUGUCGGGAAGAAAAAUGUCCAAAAGGCUACUGUUGAAUCUAUCUUGAAAAGGACACUUCCACAUGCCAUGUCCUCAGUGACAGGAAGGGCUUUGAGAGAUUCAGUCCGCAUUGUAACCAAAUUUUCUGAAAUGGAGCAGACCUAUUCUUCUCUCAACUCUCUUAGAUAUGAUGUCAUUGUUGAUGUAGCACCUCAAGUCAAAUGGAUUCCUGAGAAUGGGUACAAGAACUUGAAGAUUGUUGUUGAAAUAGACAGUGACAUAGAUGCUAGCAGAGCUUCUGAACAAGAACUGAGACGCCGUCACAAGUCACUUGGUUCAAUGAGGAUUGUAACUGAUAGAGGACUACAGAUUGGUGAUGUUGCAGUCCUUGAUAUAUCAGCAACAAAAGUUGAUCAAGAUGAGUCGAAUGUUCAAAAGAUUCCUUCUGCAGAGAGUAAAGGUUUUCAUUUUGAUACAGAAGAUGGUGACAAAGUACUUCCUGGUUUCCUAGAUUCAAUUAUAGGAAUUAAACGAGGUGAAACAAAGUCAUUUCAACUUGUAUUCCCUGAAUCAUGGAAACAAGAAAAUCUUCGUGGUGUUCAUGCACAAUUUACUGUUGAAUGCAAAGAACUGUUUUACAGAGACUUACCUGAGUUGGAUGACUCCCUUGCUGAGAAGCUGCUUACUGGGUGCACCACUCUGAACCAGGUCAAGGAAUCAUUGUUUCAGAGAUGUCUAGAAGUGGAGCAAACAGCAAGAGAACAAGCAACAGAUAAUGUGAUUCUAGACCAGCUUCAAAAGAUGGUAGAGGCUGAUAUUCCUCAAUCCUUGUUUGAAGAACAAGGUAGGCAGUUUUAUGGAGCCAAACUUCUACAGAUACAGGCAAAUAUGAAACUGAAUGAACAACAAUUGGCUUCUCUGUCAAGCCCAAAGGCAGUUAAUGAGUAUCUUGAAAACCAGAAGGAGAACAUAUUGAAUGUAAUAAAACAGAAUCUUGCAGUUGGAGAUAUAUAUAAACGUGAAAAUUUGCAGUUUUCAACUGAUGAGCUUGUGAAAGAGGUUGAGAACUCUAUUACUGAAUUUAAACGUCAAAAACAAGAAUACGAUGAGGAGAGGGUGAGGGAACAGGUACAGGAGAUACUAGAGGGAGCAAAGGUGCUUGAAUGGUUGAGAGAACAUGCAGAGAUUCAGUAUAUAACCAGAUGAGAGAGAGAGAGAACAGGACAAUUAUUUUACAAAGUAUAUUCAAGAUUGCUAGAAAGUGUCAGUUCUGUGAAUUUUGUAAUGAACACAUACAUAAAAAGAUAACUAUGUCAAGUUUUGGACGCUCCACAACAUUCAAAAUUUUAAACUGAUCGUAUGCAUAUCAUCAUUUUUUGUUA